UCCCACUUUCUCAGUGCCUGCCGGGGGCUUCCGGUUACUUAGCUUCUGCCGGAAGCUGCGCGAUGGGUCCAGGUCUCAGUGUGUGCCACCCAGCGCAGUGUCCCGGGCCGGCAGCAAACGAACUACAUGUCGUCCCCGCGGGCUCCAGAGGACGGACAGGGCGACGGCGAUCCUCCCAGGGACCUUCGCAGCGUCCUGGUCACUAGCGUGCUCAACCUCGAGCUGCUGGAUGAGGAUCUCUUCAGAGGAACACAUUACUGGGUACCUACAACCAAGCGGCUGUUUGGGGGUCAGAUCAUGGGCCAGGCCCUGGUGGCUGCAGCCAAGUCUGUGAGUGAGGAUGUCCACGUGCACUCCCUGCACUGCUACUUUGUUCGCAGAGGGGACCCGAAGGUGCCGGUGCUAUACCAGGUGGAGCGGACGCGAACAGGGGCGAGCUUCUCCGUGCGCUCCGUGAAGGCUGUGCAACAUGGCAAGCCCAUCUUCAUCUGCCAGGCCUCCUUCCAGCAGGCCCAGCCCAGCCCCAUACAGCACCAGUUCUCCAUGCCCACUGUGCCCCCACCGGAGGAGGUUCAUGGCUACAAGACCCUCAUUGACCGGUAUUUAAGGGACCCUAACCUCCAGGAGGAGUACCGAGUGGGGCUGAACCAAAUUGCUGCCCAGGAGGUGCCCAUUGAGAUCAAGCUGGUAAACCCUCCCACUCUGGGCCAGAUGCAGAGCAUGGAGCCAAGACAGAUGUUCUGGGUGCGAGCUAGGGGCUAUAUUGGGGAGGGCGACAUCAAGAUGCACUGCUGCGUGGCCGCCUACAUCUCGGACUACGCCUUCCUGGGCACAGCACUACUGCCCCACCACUGUCAGCAUACGGUGCGCUUCAUGGUGUCCCUGGACCACUCCAUGUGGUUUCACGCUCCUUUCCGAGCUGACCACUGGAUGCUCUAUGAGUGUGAGAGCCCCUGGGCUGGUGGCUCCCGGGGCCUGGUUCAAGGGCGGCUGUGGCGUCGGGAUGGGGUCCUGGCUGUGACCUGUGCCCAGGAAGGUGUGAUCCGAGUGACACCCCAGGGCUCAAAGAGCAAGUUGUAGCCAGAGGUACCAGCUUGGCCUGGGGCUUCAAGACUCUCCCUUCUACCCAGACUCCUGACGCAGGAGUUACAGUCCAGGGCUGGGCCCUCUGUCUGGGGCAUCCAAUAAAGAGACGCAUACCACUGGA